GUCGAAAAAGAGGGGGGUUAAAAAGCUUCCACCUUUGCCCUCUCCUUCCUUCCUUCCCUUCUCUCGCUCUGCAUUCCAUUCCAAGAACUCCCCCCAGCUUCGACCACCAGCAGAAGAAGAAGGCAACCUCGAGUCCCUUCCCUCGCCCGUCGCGCCUCCGCUAGGGUUUCCGAUUCGACCCCCCUCGAAGGCAAUGGAGCCCGGCCUCAACGACCUCAACGAGCCCCACUCGAUGGGCACCACCAUCAUCGGCGUCACCUACAACGGCGGCGUCGUCCUCGGCGCCGACUCCCGGACCAGCACCGGGAUGUAUGUUGCCAACCGGGCGUCGGACAAGAUCAGCCAGCUGACGGAUAAUGUGUACGUUUGCCGCUCCGGAUCGGCGGCAGAUUCUCAGGUUCUCUCGGACUAUGUCCGUUAUUUCCUCCAUCAACACACUAUACAGCUGGGUCAGCCUGCAACUGUCAAAGUUGCUGCAAAUCUUGUCAGGCUGAUAUCUUACAAUAACAAGAACAUGUUGCAAACUGGACUCAUAGUUGGUGGAUGGGACAAGUAUGAAGGUGGUAAAAUCUACGGAAUUCCUCUCGGUGGUACAAUUGUAGAGCAGCCUUUUGCUAUUGGAGGAUCUGGCUCCAGCUACUUGUAUGGAUUCUUUGAUCAAGCUUGGAAAGAAGGGAUGACCAAGGAGGAGGCUGAGCAACUGGUGGUCAAGGCUGUUUCCCUUGCAAUUGCACGAGAUGGUGCUAGCGGUGGUGUUGUUCGCACUGUUACUAUAAAUUCUGAGGGAGUGACUAGAAACUUCUACCCUGGUGACACCCUUCCGCUGUGGCAUGAGGAGCUGCCAGCCCAGAACUCACUGCUGGAUAUUCUGAGUGCUCCCAGCCCCGAGCCAAUGAGCACUUAAAUUGGCAGAGCGCAGGAUGCAAGUUUUAGCCUAUGUCAAAUCUCUCUUUCCCUGUUGUUCCAAAACAGGAUCUCUGUGCAACUCUUUGCAGACUGUAUACAGCACCUGUGUCGUUGGCGCAUGGAAUAUCUUUUACUGUGUAGAGUCAUUGAUGAUUAACUCCAUUCAAGUUGCUUGGCUGCUGAUGGCUUUUGUUGUUUGUGGGUUAUGAUGACUACAAGAGAAUCAGUGAAUCAAGUAAAAUGAAUGACAUCAUGACUGGAUUUAAUUUCUCCUGACAAA